AAGGACCCCACAGCUGUAGAAAGAGCUAAUUUACUGAACAUGGCUAAACUGAGUAUCAAAGGACUCAUUGAAUCAGCUCUGAGCUUUGGCCGCACUCUGGAUUCUGAUUACCCACCUUUGCAGCAGUUCUUUGUUGUCAUGGAACACUGCCUGAAGCAUGGCCUUAAAGUAAGAAAAUCCUUUCUAAGUUACAAUAAAACCAUCUGGGGUCCUCUGGAACUUGUGGAGAAAUUAUAUCCAGAAGCUGAGGAAAUAGCAGCAAGUGUCAGAGAUUUGCCUGGCCUUAAGACCCCGCUGGGCCGUGCCCGGGCCUGGUUGCGGUUGGCGCUCAUGCAGAAGAAAAUGGCUGAUUAUCUGCGCUGCUUAAUCCUCCAGAGGGAUCUUCUCAGUGAAUUUUAUGAGUAUCAUGCAUUAAUGAUGGAGGAAGAAGGAGCAGUUAUUGUUGGGCUGUUGGUCGGGUUAAAUGUGAUAGAUGCUAACCUGUGUGUGAAGGGAGAAGACCUAGAUUCACAAGUUGGGGUGAUCGAUUUCUCUAUGUAUUUGAAGAGUGAUGAUGAGAUUGGGGGAAAGGAAAGAAAUGUACAGAUUGCUGAAAUUUUGGACCAAAAGAAUUAUGUGGAAGAACUGAACAGACAACUGAAUAGCACAGUUAGCAGUCUACAUGCAAGAGUUGAUUCACUAGAGAAAUCAAACACCAAACUGAUUGAAGAGUUAGCGAUUGCCAAAAACAAUAUAAUUAAACUUCAGGAAGAAAACCAUCAAUUAAGGAGUGAAAAUACUCUUAUUUUAAUGAAAACACAGCAUCAUCUAGAGGCAACUAAAGUGGAUGUUGAAGCAGAACUGCAGACAUACAAGCACUCCAGGCAGGGCCUGGAUGAAAUGUACAAUGAAGCCCGCAGGCAGCUUCGGGAGGAGUCACAACUUAGACAAGAUAUGGAGAAUGAACUAGUGGUUCAAGUUAGUAUGAAACAUGAGAUAGAGCUUGCUAUGAAGUUGCUGGAGAAGGACAUCCAUGAGAAGCAGGAUACCCUCAUAGGCCUUCGACAGCAGCUUGAUGAAGUUAAAGCAAUUAACAUGGAAAUGUAUCAAAAGCUGCAGGUUUCUGAAGAUGCUAUGAAAGAAAAGAAUGAAAUAAUUGGUCGGUUAGAGGAAAAGACCAAUCAAAUUAAUUCAACUAUGAAAAAACUAGAACAAAGAUUGCAGCAAGCAGAGAAGGCUCAAAUGGAGGCUGAGGCCGAGGAUGAGAAACUUCAACAGGAAUAUGUGGAUAAGUCUGAAAGUCUGCAGAAAGAAUUCUCCCAGAAGGAGAAACAGCUGCUUCAGUUGGAAACAGAUUUGAAGAUAGAAAAAGAGUGGCGACAAACCUUAGAAGAUGACCUUCAAAAGGAAAAGGAAACUGUGUCUCAUCUGAGAAUAGAGACACAAGGAAUAAUUAACCUUAAAAAAGAGUUCCUUAAACUUCAGGAAAAAAACAAGCAACUGAAAAGCAUAUGUCAAGACCAAGAAGGUGCUCUCCAGGAUCUGGCAUCCAAGCUGAGCGAAUCAAAGCUGAAAAUAGAAGAUAUAAAAGAAGCGAACAAAGUGCUGCAGGGCCAGGUUUGGUUGAAGGACAAAGAGGCCACACAUUGCAAGUUAUGUGAAAAAGAAUUUUCUCUUUCCAAAAGGAAGCAUCAUUGUAGAAACUGUGGUGAGAUCUUCUGUAAUGCCUGUUCUGACAAUGAACUGCCUCUGCCUUCUUCACCAAAGCCUGUUCGGGUCUGUGAUUCCUGCCAUGCAAUACUUAUACAGAGGUGCUCUUCUAAUGUGCCAUAG